AUGCGUUUCCUAUUCGCCGCCGCUCUCCUGACCACUCUGGCCAGCGCUGAGGUCCUGAAUGGAUUCUUUUAUAUCACGGACCAUAAAAACGGGCUAUAUGCCACGGCCACGAACACCACCGAGGGAGACGUUGUCAAAUUCGUAGAAAACGACAGGAAUUACUGGCGAAUUGACAACAUCAGCGAUGGCCUCCACCCGUGGCAUGUUCUCAGCGACCAGACCAAAUCAAGAUUCCCUCCCGAUCGCCUUGUCACUGCUCAGAUUUGGUUCCCCGAAUACAAGGACGGCGCGGUCGCGAGGCUCGAAAGCAACUCGGUGUCACUCUUCGAAGUGAACACUGCCAAUGAUGCGCUCUUCAUGCUUGUUUCAACCGACUCGCCGGCUCCGCAUCCGUCAGAGAGGCUAGCAUGGACGGUUGAGACUCUAAGCAGGGAGGAACCGAUUCGGGUCUUGAAAUUAAGACGUUACGAGGGGAAAACGAACCAGCGCUUUAACCUCGUCAAACGGACCGAGCCUGAGUGUUUUGAGAAGAACUGCUGA